GCCUCUGUAUUAAAGGCAAGGCUGGAUGCAGUUUUACUACUUUUAAUGAAAACAAGUGCAGUUCUCAGCCUCACAGCUUGUUGCUGGUGAUUUUCUCAAUGAUACGACGCUUGUGUGCCACUGAUAAUGCAGCAUUCAGCUAAUACAACACCGACAGCCUUACAACCUGUCCAAGUUUUGCUUCCCAGACCCGAACUCCAUUUACCCCACGGGUGCCGUGCGAGGGCUGCCAGCAGCCGAGAUGCUACGCAGCCCAGAGGGCGACCCCGGCUCCUCCACGGCGAUGCCCGGCUGAGCAUCCCCACUCCCUCUGACUCCGCAACGGCGCUUCUCCCCGCGCAGCAGCGCGACUCCCUCUCCGCGGCCGGUAGCCGGCACCUCUCGCCCCGCCGCCGACCGCCACCGGCGGUGUCGCCGUGGAGAGCCCCCCUUCCCACCCCGGGACCCCCGCCCGCGGGCGCGGCUCCCCGCCGCUGCCGCCCCGCCCCUGCCCCGGAGCGUCCCCGCGCCCCGGCCCGCAGCGGCGGGCGGCGGGGGGCGCCCGCGGGCGGCGGCGGGAGCGCGGGCGCGGGGGUGGCCGAGGAGCGGCGGCGGCGUGAACGCGGCUGCAGAGCCCCAGCGAGCCGCGGGAGCGGGAGCGCCGCGCCCGCCGCAGCCGCCGGAGCCGGGCGAGGAGCGAGCCCGGCCGCCCGGAGCCGCCGGGAGAGGGUCGCGGCCGCGGCAGCCCCGCGGGGAGGCAGCGAGGGGCCCCUCGCCGAAAGCGCGACCCCCCCCGCCCCGCCGCCCCGCCGCCUUCGCCCGCCCCCAGCGAAGAGAAACAAAACAAAACCCCGGCACGGCCACGCUCUCCCUCCUUCUCCUCUUGGCAUUUGGUGGUUGUUUUUUUUUUUAUUUUUUUUUUUUUGGUUUUUGUUUUUUGUAAUUUAUUUUUUCUUGGGGAUUCUCCUUUCUUCUGCCAGACUGACUUGCACCUUCUUGAUAAUUUCUCUUCCCCUCGUUUUUUUUAUACUCUUCUCCCUGCUUCCAAACCCUGUGUCUGUGUGUUUCAAUACUAUCACAACCUCUGCUAAAAAUAGACCUUUUUAUAUACCCUUCCUCCUCUCUGACCCCAUCCAACACCCCCUGUUAAGGUCAAGUUUUCUUCAGAUUGAGGUGGAAUCGUGGUUAAUGGACAUCUGAUGUGAUAGCAGUACUUGGUCCUGUGCAGCAACAUGUGGAGCUAGCUGAUCAUCAGCCAGGAGGGAGUCCUUGCUUAUUCUUCCUGUUUUGUGACGUCAAACAUGCAAUUAGGAGCAAGGCCGAGGUUGAAUUUUAAUAAACAAUUGGAGUGGUCUGUACUUUCUACAAUGAGGACAUGUACUGCACUUUGGUUGUCUCAUCAUGUUGGCUAGCAUGGCAUAUUUGGCUGAGCCUUUGUGCUGAGAAGCUUUUCCACAUCUCCUUGCUAUCAGAUCUGCACAUGUGGCAAUGCUCGUACUUAGAGGAUCUUUGGCUAAUUCAUCUCUGAAACUUUGGUGUCUGCUCUAGCAGUUUCCUUGGAGUGUAUGGACCUGAAAAGAGAGGCAAAGCUCAUUGUUGUAAAGGAAAGAUAUGAUAGGAAAUCUUGUAAAUUAUUGCAUUGUCUAAUAAAUUCAUUACAGUGUGAGAAAAAUCCUCCUGAACAGCUACGUUACGUCAUCUUUUCUCAAUCCUCACCCUGCCACUUUCCUACUGUGGUUAUUCUGAGGAUCUUUUCAGUUUGGCUGAUGAGUUGCUUGCUGAUGCCAGGGCUCAGCAAAUCGCUAGGUUCACAUUCCUGAGACCUUAAUGAGACUUAAGCACAUGCUGAAAUUCUUCUUGCUGAACAGUCGCAUAAGUGUGGGUGGAAAUAGUAAUGUGGCCUUAACUAUUACCAUAAAAAUUAAUUUUAUGUUAAAUGUUCUCUGUUUGAAAAUUGUAUGCAUUUUAAAACCUCUAGCUUUCACUUAUGUCAUAUUUAUACCUCAUAGAUUGAGUUUGGAAAUAUUACUGAUAACACCACUGGGAAAUAUCAUUUAACAAGUUUCAAGUUGCUACCAGCCCUGGGUCACUAUCCUUUUUGUGCUCUUUCAUUAGUUCAUGGUGGGAAAAGGAUGGCACGUGCUAUGAGGUUUUGGUGUAAUUUGAGAAAUCAGCACAUGCAACAGAGGUAUUGCUUGUUAUCUGCAACUGCAUUGAAAUUUCCUUUCUGCAGCUGGACAAGGAGAGAGAGCAACUGUGAGAACAUAUGUGCUUGAAAGCUUGUAGUCUCACAGCGUGGCAGAUUUGGCACAUGACAGGAGGGUUUUUCCCAGGGUGGUUGUUGUCGAUAAGGAUUUCCUUGACCCAUUCCUUCUCUUUGAUGCCAGCUCUCUCGCUAACCUCAGAGGAAGGGAUAGGGGAACUGGAAGCUGAAGUCCUUCUGAGCUUUUGACAUUUAUAUUGUGAGACAGCUGAGAUUGAGUUCAUUUUGCUAAGCUGCUCACCUAUAAUGGAUCUGUCACAGUGGCUUGACAACGUAUUUGGGUCCAUUUUGGGCAGCCUUUGCUGCUCAGUGCUCUCUCUGUGCAAGUUCCCAGCAAACCACUCAGAUUUAAUGCUGUUGAAUAGUGAGCCCUCCUCUCCCUCUCAGAAUGUGUCUAUCCUUUUCAUAGGCUUAAUAGGCAGUUGUCUGUUGCAGCUGUACUUGACCUUUGAAUAAGUAUCAAGUAGCUGAGAGCACCUCUUAAUUUGACACCAAUUUUUUCUUGUUUGGCUGUCAUAAAGAAGACACAGCCAAAUAAUGAGCGUUAUUUUGUGUUAAACUCCAUUCUGUUUUUUUCUGGAAUUAAAAAUCUGUUUGAGUUUCUGGUUUGUUAAUAAUUUACAAACAGUUGUUGGUUUGUUUCUGGUGUAAAUACAUGGUGUGGCUGAUGGGAAGGAAAAUAAUGGUAUCAACUGAAAAUCCAAUGUUCCUGCCAACUGUGUCUGGGAAACCAGGUUAGUUUUCAGAGACUGAAGCCGCUAGUAAACCAGGAAAUAAAUGAUUGCUUUUUCAUGUCCAACCACUAACGCUGAAAUUAUGUAAGUGUAUUUAACUCCAAGUUUAGGUUCAAAAUUGUGUUUUCUGCUCAGGUGCAGACCUAGUUGAAUCCGAAAUAUAGUUUCAGUCUUAGUGGAGCAGGAGGAUGUUCUACCUUCUCUCCAAUAACAUAAUUUUUUUCCAGUUCACAUCACUGAAAAAACUUGCAGGAAGGUAUCCAUUUCUAAAUAUAGUAAGCUGAGCUACAGGCUUUACCAAGAUCUGGGGAGCCAAGUGAAAAUGAAACCACUGACUGACUCUCUUCUAUACUAAUUCGUCUCCCAGGACUCCCCUUUUUGGAUUUCAUUUCCUUCCUUCCCUCUUCCUCCUCCCCCUCCCUUCAGUGCUGCUUUUAUUUUCACAAUAGUUAUAUAAUGCCGCCUGUCUGUCGGGAUGUAGCCUAUAUAGCAUAGCUUAUACACGUGCAGGUAGAUCUGUGUAAACCCUUAGACUUUCAGGUCACGUUAGAGACUUUGAAACAAGCUCGAGUUCAAAAGACCAGCAGCUUUCCCAGAGAAUGCCAGUCACCAGAGCAGUGCCCCGGUUCCAGGUUGGCACUGCGCGGUGCAUGGAGUUUAGGCUUAAUAGGAUAUUUUAGUAAUUUCUUCCUUCAACCUAUGCAGCCUCGUCUCCAACAAUACAGUACUGAACUGCUAUUUUUGUGUUUGCUGAGGCAGAUAGAAAUAACACUACUGGUCAAAGGGUGAUGUUUUAAGGGGUGUUUCCUUUCAAAAGAGGCAAAAGUUCAAUGGAUUUUGCCAUCAAAGUGUGGCAGUUGAAAGGUAACUAUGAAGACAGAGUGAAGCUCACUUCAUUCUCAACAAUGUGCAUUUAGCAAAGUCGUACUCUGAAGACUUUCUCACUGGUGAAGCUAACUGUAGGAAAUAAAAAUUUCUGUACCUGAUGCUUCUUUGUAGCUUGUUUUUGUGCCAUUCUCUCCCAGAGCUGUCCAUCUGUGACUUUCUAAUUUGCACAAUAUUGGUACACAUGCUGUUAGUCUUUCAUUACCUCCCCUUGCAAAUACGUCUGGGAUUGAGGGAAAGCACUUGACAAAUCCACUGCUCUUCUGAGACUUUUCCAGCACUUGCAGCAUGUGUGUUAAUUGUAAAAGCUGAAAUGAAAUACCUUGGGCUGCACUAACUCAUCAUCUCUUUUUCAAACAGCAUAUCUAUCCCAUAAAUCCUCUUAGAGAUAAAUUGAAAAAGCCUGUACAAAAGAUACAGCCUGGAUGUAAUAACUGAGCCAGUGUUCAACAUCAGCCCAUUAUUCAUGUACCUUUUUAUUUCUGCUUGAAGAUACACUUGACCAAACACCAUCUCCAGCUGCUGAAGUGCAGCAUUGGGAGACAGGAGACAAAUCUCCUGCAAGGGACCCACCCCGAGGGGACAAAAACCUUCUGUGGGUGUAAGGUAUGGACGGAAACAGUACUGCUUCUUUGUCAGUGUCAUUUAAAGCCCAUUUUUAGUUAUGCCUACAAGACAAAAUUGACAACCCUGUGGUAAAGCAGUGGUGUGUCAGAGACUACAGUUCACAGAUCAUUCAAACUAAAGAUUAUCAGGAGGUACUGACCUUGCAGAAACGCAUAUGUGCAAAAAAUUCUGAUUCCAUUUUUAAAAUGGAAGACGGAGACAAAGCCAAGGCACUUAUUCAGUCUUACAGUAAAUUCAUGUAUUCAGCAAGGAAAUUCAUAGGGUUUGGGUUGGAAAACACCUUCGAAGGCCAUCUAGUCCAACCUCUGCAAUGAGCAGGGACAUCUUCAAACAGAUAGGUUGCUCAGAACCCCAUCCAGCCUGGCCUUGCAUAUCUCCAGGGAUGGGACAUCUACCUCCUCUCUUGGCAACCUAUUUUGCCACCCUCAUUGUAAAUGUAACAAGCAUACAAUUUUCUGCAUAGAGCAAGUAGCCAACCUGGUGUGUGUGGUUGUUUUAUUUUUAUCCUCUCCUUUCUAAACCCCUUCUCAUGAAAUUAUGAUCACUGGCCAUUUGGGAGUGGAAAUACUGCACAGGGAGUGAAAAGCCUCAGCUGCUUUUAUCAAAUGAAAUAACUGUGUCUAAAAGGCCUCUGCCUAGAUGGCUUCUAGAGGGCUAUGUAGCAUGCUGGCUCUGUGUACACUGCACCGGUGACAGUAGAGCCUGGAGCCUAGGUAACAUGUUGGUUUCCCAAGUAGGUAGUUGCUGGAGACAUUUCAAAUGCUUUAUUGUCUUCAGAAUGAAACCUUUCUGCACAGGAUUGAUAAAUAUUAAUUUAACUCUUUGUGUGAAAUAGUUGCAACAUGACUGGAGAGGGGUCUGUUUUACAAGCUCUGAAUGUGGUAUCACCAGUCAGCCACGUGUCACAGCCAUGGGAUUAUAAGCAAUUUUGGGCAGAUAAAACGUCUGUUAUUCUGCUUUGUAUUGUGGCUGACACAAUGAGGCCCUGCUGCUACCUGGCUCUGCUGGGAGCUAUCAGCCUGGGAGAACUAUAGCAGCUAGGAAAUUUGUAAAAUGCACAGACAAGAUGUCCAGAUAAAAAGGGUACUGAAUCAAUGUGAAACUGAAAAGCUUUUGAGAGAUCUCCUGGUUAAACAUUUGCUACUCUUCUGUGUUGUUUCAUUCCCAACAAAAGAUUAGUUUCUUAUGAGGGAAAAAAAAAAAAAAAAAAAAAAAAAGACAUUUCUUCUGUAGAGAACAGUCAUGGUUGCAAAGUCAAAAGUGGAUUUUGCUCAAGAUAGAUAUUUUCUGGCCUUCCACUUUUCACCUUGUUGAUGGCAUCAUUUUAGUUCAAUAUUAUCUAAUGUGGAAAAAUCAACAAUUAAGAAACAUUUCUCAGCAUUUUGUGAUUUGGAAUAAUACUCUCUUUCAUAUUUUCAAUUUAUUUUCUGAAGCAACUUAUAUUAUUAUACCCCAUUUUAUGAGUGGAGUUUCAAAUGCCCUAGAAGCCUUUGUUUUGUGAAGUGGAUGAAGAGUUUCCAAGAUAGAAAAUUGUUUGGUCGAUUCCAAAAUUCCCUUUGAAUCUCAAAAUAUUUAGGGUUGUCAUGAAUACAGUAAUAAGCUGCUUCUUUUCAAAUUUUUUUCUUGUCCUUAUAAAACAAGAGCUCACUUUUUUUUUUAUUGUUGGGAUUAUCUUUUGAAAAAACAACAACAGCAAAUUAAGAAAAACCAACAACAACAACCAGGAAAAAAAAAAAAAAAGAAGCCAAAACAGCAAGAAUGGUGUAACUGGUUUUUUGUUAUCAGGAGUUUACUGUUUAUCAUGCUCUUGAACUUGCGAUGUGGUAGUUUUCUUCUCUGUCAUCGUAGUACAAAGCUAUAAGUUAGAAAUAUUAGAAAUAUUUGCAAUAUUUUCCUCAAAAAAUGUUUAGAUUCUAUCUUUCCAUUGGUGGUUGUCACCAAUGGCCUUGAACUUACGAAUGGUGUUUUAAGCGCGCUUACCUAAAAUCAUAUGCAAGGUAUGGUAAAAGAGGUCACACCUUCACUUAUAUUAGCUGACGAAAUUGGAGAACAACCCAGGAAGCUUUCAGGGAUACAGGGCCCUUUCCAGGUGAGUGAACAUUUCAGUAAGAGCAAGGUCAUUCUGCCCCGCCCACUGACUAGGUUGGGUGGCACCACAGCAGCUGUUUUGUAGAACCUUCUGUUUAUAGUGACUGGCAAUGCAACAGUAUAGAGAUUUGGAGGAGGCUGAAUGCACCAAUAAGUUUGUUUUCCAGGCGAAAAAAAAAGGAGUAAAGCUUGAUAAAAUGGAGGGGUUGACAGCAAUUAUGUGACUUCCUUAAUAAAGUCUCUGAAUUUUCUGGGCAAGGACAGUGGUGGAAGCACAAUCCAGGACUGAUUACUUGUAACAUUCACCUUAGAUUAAUACAGUUGUGGAAGGAGAGGACCUGCAAAAUGUGGGGUUUUUUGGUGUUGGGUGGUGGUAGUGUUUUGUUUUCUGUUUUUUUUUUUAUUUUUUUUUUUCCUUAGUAAAAUGAAUUAAAUUAAUACAGGUUUCUCACUUCUAGGACUGAAAGCCAUUAGUACAAAUGAGCACCCAUGUCUUUUGUUCUGACUUGGUUAUCUGCAGAAUAUCACUUGCAAAGUCGUGACAGCUGCAAAAGAUUGGUGGUAGGGAAAACAAGAGUUAUCUAUCUGAAGAAGGGACCUGUUGUAGCCUAACUGUAGUUAAAUAUAUGCUAUCUUUAGCAGGAACAUUUCUUUUAGCUGGAGUUGUCUCCCACGUGUACUUCAAAGGCUGGAGAUAUUGCAGUUUUUGUCAUAUUUCUUUUCCUUUGAAGGUUUCAAAAUUUCUUGAACAGUUCUAAGAAAGAAGAAAGAUACUUUUAAAUAUAUCCAUGACUCAGUAUAUUUCAAAUAUUUUUAAAGUCUGUAUUUUGCAUUCAGCAUGGCUUUGUUUACUGCAAAAUUGUUAGCAGAGAAUGAAUCUGAGCAUUUUGGCUUGAAGUGACAGAAAGGUUUAAUAUCUUCCUUCCUUUGCCUUCCAAAAGACUACAUUGCUUUUAAUUAGCUGUAGUCUCUUUGCUAAGUAGAAUGAAAUUGCCCAGCUGUGUAGGAGUUGUGGGCCAGCAGUAGGUGUUGGAAGCUGGAAGCACUGAGACACUCUUUCCAACAAAAGCAUUCAUAAGCCAAUCUCAUGUUGAGAGUGUUAAAUAGCAGCGGAUCACUUAGAUAAUUUGCAGAUCUGGAUUGUAACCAUAUGUCUUUAUCUGGCCAAAAUGUGCUGGGUUUUGGCUUUUAAACUUAAUUGUAGUAAGAUAUUGUUACUGAGAGUUUGCACAUUUCCCAGUGUGAUUGCAUGCUGUGAUCUAACAGCAAUGCCAUUCCUAUCUUUACCAAGAAUACUGGGUAGUGUUUUAGCUUCAUCCUUCCCUAGCAUUUGUUUGAUGGAUUAAUUUGGUUCUUUCUCUAGACUUAUUUGUGAAAGACCAAACAGCAAAAUCAAUGAGGGCCGUUUGACAAGCUGAUGAUCAUUCAUCGUGUGCAUAAAUUACUUUUUCUGCAGUGUUACACAGUCCCAAAGCUGCAUUUAGAGUGAUAUCACACAGUCUCCUCAUACUUACAGCUGACAUAACUGUGUGUUAUAAUUUAUGCAUAAGUGGACAGCAUGUUUAACUUUUAAGUUUCUUUAUGCCAUCUGGACUUCAUUUGGAAACACGAGCUGGAAAAAUGAGUGGAGAGUGAUGUAGCUUCUAAAUUUAACUCCUGAAUUAAGAUUAAACUGUUAAAUUGUUUCUUUUUUUGUGUGUGUGUGUAUAGUUGGUUCAUCCUUAAAAAUAGUCACACACAGGUAUUUAGCACUUGUGCAUAGAAAGAAAUCUGCCUUUAGUACUAAAAUUAAGUCACUUCUAACAACUACAUUCUCUCAGAUGUGCAACCCCAUCAUGACAGAAACACCUUAUGGCAAAAAAACAUUAAACAGACAAUUCUUUAAGAUCCUUUUUAUUCAAUAAAUCACAUAAUUUGUACAUUCAUUUUUUAUGUAUGAUCCUACAGUAAAAGCAAGAUACAAUAUUCUGCUGAUUUCACAAAACUUCAUGAGCAUUACAAAUAGUAACUCUAUUUUUACUUACCUUCUGAAUAGUUACUUAUUCAAGACUAAAUACAUAUGGAUUUUAAAUCUAAACAAAUGGUUUGAAAAUGGUCUAUAAUUUUUUUCUGUUUUACUUAGUUACAAAAGAACAAUUGUCCUAAAAAAAUGUGUAAAGAAGUUUUCUUACUCUACUGUUUGAUCAGCAGAAAUCAGGUGCUCUCCAUGUCAAAGAAAAAUCUUUCUCCCAUGUAUUUACUGUCAAAAUGCUUAGUUUGCUAGUCCUCUGUUGUCUUCAAGCUUUAAUUAGUUUUUCACUAGGUUCAGCAAAUUACUAGAAUGAGUAAUUUAAAUGUGGGUAACAGAGAAAUGACCAAAUUAUUAAGGACAAUGAGAACUAAAUCUUGUUGCAAAAGUUAUAGGAAAACUUUGUUAUAAAGUGUUUUUUCAGUAAAAUAGCAGAUGAAACUUCAUAUUCAAAUAAUGUGAGUAAAUCGUAUUUGGAAACAGCCUACAGAACAUGUAUUGCAUUGACAGUCCUGAAAUUAGCUAUUAGCAUUUAGACAGUAGAUCUUGGAGAAAUGCUGUAUUGUAGCCCCUUGAAAAUGUCUCUUCAAACUCAGCAACAGUCGAAAUUUGGCUCUAGUAAGCAAGAAUACUGAACAAACCAGAAAAUAUCAUCGUGGUGUUGCAUCUAUACUUGCAAGAAUAAAAAAGCUGGCAAUCAAGAGUAUGAGACAACUUCCAUAUAUGAGGAGAUGAAGUUCACUGACACAUUUCAACUUUGUAAUAAACAUACCUGAGCAAUAAUAACCCAGAAUUUUAUCUAACCUUGGGCAGUGUGGAAAAGAACACCACAGACUUUUUUGUGUGUGUAUGAUGAUGCAAAAAAUCAGGGUGUCAAACAUAACGCUUCAAACUGACAGCUUUAAAAAAAAUUAAAACUGUUAGAAAUUCUUUUACACAAGCAGGUUAUGAAAUCAUUUAAUGAAUUAUUGGCAAAAGUUCCCUGAAGUGCUAUCAGAGCAAAGGCAUAGACACAAGCUUUGGCUUGGAAAGUCCCUUUGCUGUUGAGGAAAUGUUGCUGCCUACCCUUGCUGAUUAACUAUCUCCUUAAGCAUCAGUUGCUGAUGGUGGUAGUCAAAGGCAGAGCAGUAAGUAGCAGACAUCGCAUCUGUCUGAAUUAUUUUCCUACUAAUGCAAUACACCAUGCACUUAUGGCUUUUAAGUAAAAAAUAUGUUUUAAGGGUUGUUUAAAGUACUUAAGUGCUUGAUUUAGUAGAUGAAGGAACUGAUUUGGUUAAAAAUAUAACAUCUGUAUAUGUUUCACAAAAGUGUCUUAAAAUUUGAACUACACUGGCCUGCCAGUCUAGGGGCUGGUUUUCUUUACUAUCAGCUUCACUAUCCUUGUUUUACCUUUUGAGCACAUAGGGACAUGCAGUUCUAAUGAACAGGGCCAAAUUGUAUGAGGUACAGUAGGAGCUCAUUCACAUUCAGGUUGUGCAGGGUGGUGAGAAAGUGCUAUUCUAUUAAUACUUGUCUGCAAGAAACAAUAACGUUUUACAAGACUGACUUUUAAUUAUGUCUUUUACUUGGGUGCGGAGCAAUCCCUGGAGGAUGACUUUUCACUUAUUUUAAAAUAGAAAGCAGCAGUGCAAAAAAAAUCAUAUUCAAGGUAGAAGCAGUAGAGAUUUGGAACUUGUUGGCUGACUUAUCUUGCUUGUUUAUUUUGAGCUGAAGGAAUACUAUGUCUGAGACAACCCUUAAGGAAGGCAGUUGUAAGUAUUAGAGAGUGGCAUCUUAAAGAAUUCUGAUUCUAUAAAGGGAAUAAUCAAGAUGAUGAUUUCCCAGCUUCGGAGUGAGGCAACUGAAGUUUUAUUCUUAGAAGUUCUUCGAUAAAGAAUUUGUAUGCAUAAUAUCAUUGUAUUUGGUUUCAUUAGUAGCAUAACUAUAGUGCACUUAGUAUUAAUAAAAACAAGAAUGCAUGUGACAUGGCUUUAAAGAAAAAGGUCUCCUAAUCCACAGGGCUUGUUUUUCAUUAUAUGGUAUGUACAGGCUUGGACAUCCAUGAACUACUACUAAAGCCUGAGAAAAGCAAUUUUGUAGUCAAUGGACUUGAAUUUGCAAUGCUUCCACUUAGAAAUUUUUAAGGGUCUGUUAAUUUCAGAAUAUCUGGAAAAAAUAAUUUAAUUUGGGCACUUUCUGUCUUCAACUGUUCUUUGCCAAUAACUAACGAAGUAUGUUAUGUUAGACAAGAAGCAGCAAAGGGGCUUUGUAUUCUGGUGUGCAUCCAGACCCACCUUAGACUCAGAGGGUUAUAAUGCCAGCAAGCCACGUGUGGCAUCAUGGAUUCUUUGCUUUGGAAAUAGGUGACUACUUAUGACAGAUGUUCCCACUGCAUGACCUUUCUGGAAAUGGGAGCAGCAAAUACAUUAAAUGCUUGUGUGGUGUGGGUCAACAUUAUACCAGAGUGUAGUUCUGGAUUCUCAGUAUUUAGUGAAAGAUGAUGCUGCAGCUGAGAAGCAGCAGACCAUGGAGCUGUGUUGUAGUUGCUGAGCUCUGGAGCCACCCAAAGUGCUCCUGGUGACUGGGGUUUGCUUGCUUGUAUUCCCAUUGGGUACAUAUACUAUUAAGAUAUUUGUGGGGUCUCUUAACUUUCUACCUUUUACUGACCGUUUUCAGGGUGCAGGGUGGUGGGUCAGUCACAUCAUUGGUUUCACCUAAUCAGAUUUGAUCUACUUGGAGUUAUGUUCUUCUGUGCAGCAGAAGGAGCAAAUAUUUCCCUAGGUAUCUGUAUAUGGCUUGUUGUCUUGUGGGUGUUUACUUGUUUGAAUGGUAUUCGAGUUGGAAGUCGGAGGUGGCUGCAGCAUUUUUGUUCCUUUGCACUGGUAAAACCCUAAAUAUAUUUUGGUUUUUAGAGAAAAAAAGAAAGAAAACACAGAAUUUAUGGCAGUGAUAAUUCUUCUCUGAAGUUUCAGCUUAUGAUAGGAAGAUUAUUUAGUGGUUUAUGCCAAGUGGACUAGCUGCAGCAGAAGACAGAAAAGGAAGUAGAAUAUUGAUCGCAUCAAAGCAAUCUGGAAAGUGCUGUUUUGUAAAAAAUUCCCUGCUGAAAAGUGUUCAGAUAUUUCCUCAUGGAAGAUGUUGAGGGACAGAGAGAAAGGCUGUUGUUUCAUAAUGAGCUUUUUGCUUUGGAAGACAUUUUUGAUGGGAAGAUGAAAUAUUUUGAAGGAAUUAUGCCUCAGACAAGUUUGAUAAUGAUAUGUGGGGAUGGUGAUUCAAAACUGUUAAUCUCUUUGUCCAGACUAUUGAUGCUUUCAAUUUGAUGCGUUUAAGCUUGUUAACUAAAGCAGAAGUACUGGAGGACACUGUAUAUAAUGUCCUUGUAAAACUAUAGUACCAAAAAUGUAAAUGCUUACAACAUUUUGACGAAUACUGAUUUCUAAAUUUUACAGGAAAGAAACACCUCCUAAAUAGUUUUCUCAAUACUCACAUAUUUUUUUUUUUCCUAGCUGUCAUAUUUGUAUGUGCGAUAACACUACAGUGACAUGAAUUACUCAUCCAGUGUUUUAUACGUGUGUGCAACAUGGGAUAAGCAUGGACAUCUGAUCCUGACCAUGUUUUUCAAACCAAGAUGGUUCCCCUUAGUUAUAUUUAAAAGAACUCUUAUUUGCAGGUAUUAAACUGCCUGUUUCUGUCUGUUGUGUGAAGAGCAUGAAAGCACAGUAGUAUCUGGCUGCUAGGGAAUACUGCAAUGCACGCUACUGAUAUUAAAUAAGACGUAAAUGUGCAGCCAAUAUUUGCCCUUUCAUGUGUCACCUGGAUGAGAUCAGCUCUCCCAGCUGAUACAGGGUUUCUGGCAAAGCCAGUCAGAAAGGUUUUCCCUGGGUAAAGAACAAAGAAAGGCAGCAGAACUCUCUUCCUGUUCUGCAGAGUACUAACAGGGAAAAUACACCAUCACAGGAAGACUUUGUGGUUGAUGCUCAGAUAAUCAAAGUGGGAUGAAAACUAUGUGGAUGUAGUCUGACAGUCUUUCUUUUUAAAAGCAGGGCUGCCCAAAAGUCUGUUGAGUGUACCAGUCUUUGAAAGGGAAGCAAAGAUAAAAAACAGGUGGCCAGUAUAAAUCUAAUAAUGGCUACAUUUGAGGCUUUACCUGUUAUUUUAGGGAAAGAAUAAAUAAGUGUAUAGAAAUUUCAUUUAUUUCAUAAUCCUGCAUGCAGACACAACCUGCAGAGGGUAUUUUCAAAAUAAGGAUUGAUUCUCAACCUGUUGGGCUCUGUGGUUUAAUGUCAUAAUCCAUUAGUAAGCUAAGACUUGUAAGAGACUAUUAAAAUGUUAAAAGUUUUUAAUAGUUGCCAGAUAGUAUGAUCUGAGUUUAUUGCAAAUAUUUCAUUGUAAUUAAAAUAAAAGGCAUUUUUAGGAUACUUAAAUGUUAGCAAAAAUACAAGUUCUGAAAGCUCUUACUACUUUUUCAAGAAACUUGAGUAGCAUCAUUCUCUCUGUUAAAAUUUUAUCUAACAGGAAGUACAACACAAAUCAAUUAAAUUCCUCUGGUAUUUGAAACUGGAGAUUGAAUGCAUCUUAGGCCUAUAAUUUCAGUAUUUCACUGUGGUAUAUAGCAUCUAGCAAAGGAUUUCUGCAAGAUCAGAAAUAGUAUCUCUAUAAGCUCAGAAAUACUAGUAGUGGCCUUCUAUAAUUUGGUUUCCUUCUAAUUGUUCUUAUUGUUAUAUCUGCUCAGUUUCUGGAAGGAUUUAGUAUGAUGGAGGCAACCCUCCCCCCAAACUUAAUUAACCAGUUCUUUACGUGACCAAUUAGACAUGCUGAAUUUCCAGUGAAAUACAAUGUUUCAUCCUAACUCUUCAUGCUUAUGUUAUCCAGCUGUUACCUGUAAACUGAAAGAGGAUGUUGCUAUAGUGAAUGGUUCCUAAUAAAAUUCAAAUUAAAUAGUCACCUCCAUUACAGAUUAAAAACUCAGGUUCAGCAAUUAUCCAAAGAGCUCUACUUCACUGAAAACCUGCAAUCAUUUACCUACUCCUUUCCUUUCCUGCCUGAAUUUACAGCUCUCUCUCACAGACACUUAAUUUAGAUUUACCUUAAGUUGUGCCCUAAAUUGUUUCCAUUAUCUCAACCUGGAGCAUCCUCUGUCUAUUCCUGGAAUAUGAUAUCAUUAUUUUUGAGCUGCAUUACCUACAGUGUAUGCUGUCUUUUCUACAUUGAAAAUUUUCAAGAAAAACCUUUUUCAGUUCCUGUUAGUUAAAUGUGGAAGGAGGAGGUCUGUGUCUGAUGUAUUAAUUCCAGUUAUGGUAAUGGUCUUUGAAGAACAUUCUCAUUUAUUCAUAGGUUAUACCAAGUUUUUUGAUGUCCAAUGUAAUGUUUAUAAUACAGAGUUACACUGUGUUUUGUAGAUUAAUAAGUAGUGAUAGGUGGAAGAAGUAUGGCCAUGUAAUAAUAAUCAAAAUUUUGGCCUUAAUCAGAAUUAUUUUGAUAGGCAUAGCUGAAAAUUUUUCUUAUUCCUGAGUUACUGUCUCUAUAAGGAUCCCAGUUUACUGGUUUAGCAUUUCUAGUGAAAAGGUUCAUGUAUUCAGAGACUAGGUUAAAAACCCAUGGGAAUUAUUUUCUCAGAAAGGCAUUUUUCUUGUCACACAACCACGUGCCUUAUAUGAUCUCCCCUUUAGUAAUCCAAGCUUGUUUUGAUUUAUUGUCAUUCUUUAGGAAGCCAGAUUUCCAUAAAAUAAUGGAAGUUCUUUCACUAUGCUUGCUGAAAAUUACCUCUUUUUAACGACUGUAACCCUGCAGAGACUCUGGACCAAAAUCUUUAGAGUAGAGGGUUAAUCUGUGUAUCAGAAGAAGACAAGAUUAAACAGCAAAUUAGGAUCACAAACUAUUCACAUAAUAACUACCUGCAACCUGGGAGUUCUUCAUUUCCACUAAAACUUCUGAACUGUGGAUUUACUUUAUAUUCUUGGUGUGACAGCAGUUUGAGAAUGAAUGGUUGUUGGCACUGAAUUUGUGCAUGAAGUGUUAGAUAUAUGCUACUGACAACAUGCCUAAUGUGCAAGAUGCUUUUGGGCCAUUUUGGAAGCAAAUUUUGCCUUGGACUUCUGUAGAGGUACAAUGCAAGCAGUUCCUUUAAACUGAAAAACUCAUCUUAUUGAUCCACAACGCAAACAUGACCUCAUGCUCUGAGGGACUGCUAAAGCUCUGGCUCUACUUGUCAAAGGUGAAAUUACUGGGGCUGAGGCCAAGCUCGGGAGAAUGUGAAUGAAGAAAAAGCUGAAGGCCUAAUUUGAUUUUCUGUCUGGAGCUGGUGCCUCAAGCCUCUGUAGGCAUAAGCAUUAGGAACAGAAGGAAGGAAGAGCUAGUACUAACUAUCAAGGAGGUGGUGCAGCUAAUUGGAAUUUAAUUUACAGGCAGUGAUAGUGGUCCAUCAUUGCCACCCUCUGCGUAAGUGAUGGGCCAGGUCAUUUACGGCAAUGAGAAUCACUUGGCCCGGGACCAAGAGAAGGAGUGCAAAUGUGACUCUGUUCAUCUCUCAUUCCUGAAAGGGAAAGCAUAAGAAGAUACAGAAUUUUUCAAAGUUGCUCCAGAAUAUUGUGUCAGAUCACAUCCAUAUCCAGUCAUUCCUGCUUCCUGUUCCACUUAAGAGAAAGCCGUUGGAGAAACAGUCAUGGCCUGACAUGUAGAGUUACUGCUGCAAGGCUGUUGCAUCCUCAAAUUACUGGAGAAAAGUGGGUUUUGGCCAUGAAUCCAGCCAGGAACCUUUAGGAACUGCUGGAGUUUGCUUUGCUGACACAGAGCCUGGCAUUUCAUUAGGUGAUUUUCAAAACCCCAAAGGAUGGGAAACCUUUUGACUUAUCCAGCAUAACUUGGUGUUUGCAAAGAUUUCUUAACUUUUCAGUUUUCAAGCUUUCCUCUAUGUUUCCUUAAGGAUUUUGGAAGACCAAAAUGAUUGCAGUCUGAAAGUGAGCAGAGAAACCUAUUUGUUUUACCAGCAAAGAAACAGAAGCAAUGGUUGUAUCUAAAAUAACUCAGUUUGGAACUCUGCCCUCUUUGAAAUGUAUGUUUGUAGCUGCCCUUUAUGUUGCUCGCAUCACCUUCGAUGAGAACGUGGAUAGACUUGCAUUCACCACCUUCUCUCAAGCUAUUUGCCAUAUAUAUUGCUCUGUGAGGCUAGCCAGUAAGAAAUUCCCGGUUUACAGGAAGGCAGGUAGAGCCUGUGUACCUUAUCAAGCAUUGUGUUUACUUCACUGGUUGGUUUGAACCACAAUGUGAUAGCAGAGGUCCAGUUUUGGUACAUUACUCAGGCAUGUCUUAUAACCUAAUGACCUUGAAGGUGUUACUGAAUUAAUACUAAGCAUGCACUUCUGUACUUUGCUAAGUGAGCCUAAUUGAUCAAACGCUGUCUGGGGUGAUCAAUCUGUUGAAGGUGAAUAACUUCUAUUUCACUGUCAUGAGGUAGGAUUUUUGCUGUUCACUGAAAAUUAUUACGUUGCUUUACCAAGGCUUCUGUUGAUUACAUAGAUUUUUUUUUUUUAAUUAUUCUUUUUAUUAUUUAUUUAGCUUAUUAAGGAGUAGAAAAGAUUAUUUUGGAUUUUAUACAAUUUGCAGAGAAGAAAAAUAAUGACUUUACUCUAAAUGCAGGAAAGGAUUCUCUUUUCCUGAUACAUUUGAAAUGUAAUUUUGCCUGGCAAUUAGAGCCUAUGAGAGACUGACUGGCUGGGUAUAUCAGGUUAUGGCCAUAAUCAGGCAGAGUCCACUUUAAUUAAUCUGAUUAUUAUACAUUUUGUGGUACUCUAAAAUUGUUUAGUUUCCCUGUCAUUUAUUAAGAAUAAACGUCUCUUCUACCUAGGGAUGAUUGUAUAAUGCAGAAUUAUUAAUGGUUAGUCAUAAGAAACUAAUCAAGUUAGAGGCAACAUGGAGUGAGGGAAUGAGCACAGAACCAGGAGAUCAGUUCUUCUGUUAAUUUGAUACAUGAUCCUGGAAAAAAAUCACUUACUGCUCACUGCAGUCUUUUGAUUUUCCUUUAGCUAAAGAAGCAAUAUUAAUACCCUGGCAAAGGAGGGAAAUAGGUAUUGGGAGAAUCAGCUAAUGAACAUAGUUAUGGUUAAAAAGUUAAUGUUUCAAAAAGUCUUAUGUUUAAAAAAAAUCCAAUAUUGAUGUGUAUAUCUGUGUGUUUACCUGUGUAUACAGAUAAUUAAUAACAGAAUUGGAGAACUGAUUAUGCUAUUUACACGUUUAAUUGGCAAUCCAUUUGUUUGGGAGGAACUUUAUUAUCUACUUAAUUUUUUCUUAUAACCAAUAAUACCUAGGUUAAUUUAUUUUCACAAAACCUGCCCAAGGAAGUGAAGAGGAGAUUAAGGCCAAAACUGACUAUUAUGGUAAUUUACUCUAACUCCCAUAAAAGAGAAGCCAAAGAAUGUUCUUCCAGUAUCUUCUAUGUCAAGGCACUAUAACAUUUCCUGUUUUUUAAUGGGUGAAAUAAAGUCCAAGGAGAAGAAUCAACUCUGGUUUUUCAGACUUUUAGAUAUACAUGUAAUUCAAAUUAGAAUAAGUAAAAUUUUACUUCCUCAUAACUGCUCUUUGACUUAUUUGUGUCGAAAAAAGAAAUUCACAUGUAUCGAAGGUUUGUUUUUUUUCAGUAGCUUGCCUAAGGUGACACAGCAUAGAAGGAGGCUAGGAGCAGAACUUGGUUCUUUUGGAGUCCUCAUUUGUUCCAUGCAAUUGUAAGGUUCUAUGGCUGAUAAAUAACUUGGACUAACCUGUGGUGCAAGCUUUUUUAAAUUAAAGGCUCAAGCACCAAGAUAAACCUUAUUUAUUGUGUAAAAACUGACUUGCUCUCAUGCUGAUGAAGCACUGUAAUUUUUGGCCACCACAGUUCUUUCCUCCAGCAUGUGAAAUACUGUUUGAAGAAAAGUGAGUCCUGAAACAAGAGAGUCUCAUUGGCGUUAUGCGUUCCUUAUCAAGCAAUUUUACUUUUCUAGUAGCAAAUGUUAAAAAUUGCGGAGUUGUAGAAUAAUUUAAGGUAGAAGGGUUGUCUGGAGGCAAUCUUGUCCAAGCUGCCCUACAUCUCAGCACCUGCCCAAAACAGGGCUAACUUCAAAGUUGUGGCUAAUUUCAGAGUUAGAUUAUGUUACUAUAAAAUGUGUGUAAUUCCCAUCUUCCUAACAGUUAAUUAUGGUGGGGCUUCUUAUCUGACACCAUCUGGAGAUUCUUGUGAUUUAGUCCUCUCCUGACAGCCUCAAUAACAGUGUAAUCCAGUUGUGUCAGUCCUUGAUCAUCUCGUUUACAUUUUCCCAGACACCAAACUUUGCUUAAUACACAUGUGUUUGCGGGGAUAAAUUUUGGGCAGGAAACAAAAAAGGGAAAUAUUUGCCUUGUAGACUGCCUCACCCUUUUGACUAAGCUACAAAUAAUACCCACAAUAUUGAUUUACUACAGUGCAAUCAAAAGCAUAAUUCAGUAUUCUAUGUUUAAAUAACAUUUAAUGCCUAUUUUUUGUCCCCUGGGAAAAAAGAGGCACAGGAAAAAAAAACAGAUUCCAGGAAUAUUUCUGGCCCUUUUUCCUUAUCUUUUUGACUUCAGGAACUACUUUCACAGCCUACUGAUCAUGCAUGGGAAAUAGAAAUUUAUCGCUCAUGUAGGAAUUCUGCAAGUUGUACACAUUCCCUUACCACAUUCCCUUACCCUGGUGAACGUUUUUUCUAUUCUGCAUUAUGUAUUUUACGUUUGUUUUGCAUACACUCAAGAUAUACACUUGGUAAAAAUUACCACAUUCGACUUCCAUUUCUUACCUCUCAGUUUAUCACUCUACCAAAUUUGAGCUUGAACUUUCUUCCACAGUCUUUUUAGUGUGUUGUAGCUUUAUUUAGACUAUGGCUCAGUUAUUUGGUGUAGAAAUGGCAUAAUGCUGUCUCACUUUAGUAGAUUCAUCCCAAGAGGAAGAUGAGGUCAGGAGGAUCAGAACAACAUACAGAACAGCACUUGUCCAUAGGUUUACUGGAAUCUUGUUCUAGUGUCAUCCCUUGGACUAAACCCUCCUCAGCAGUAGGAUGCAUUAGGUGCACUCAUGGAGCAUGUCUUUUGAUUUAUCUUCGUCAGCAGGAAAUCCAUUUCAUCAGCUCUGAGACUAUGCUGUGAACUGAAGUGCAAAGUGGGGACAUACAGGAGAUCUGCUUCAAAACUGGACUCCUGAUCUGGACUAGGAUACUACUGUAGACAUGCUCUUAGUCACUUAACACAUAUAACUUGGAAGGUCCUGAAUACUUGUCUAUGAGGUAGUCUUAGGAUUGGUCAUGAAGUAAACAAAGGUGAUGCGUGGAAGGAGUCAUUCCCUAGAGUUACAUUGGCAUAAGUGAUAUCAGAAGCAGGCUGUUUGGGUUUACUGUUACAACAGAGCAGAACUUUGUGCAUAGCAGGUGAAGCAGUUACUGUAGUUAUCUUUGUAGUAUUUGUGUCAAAGUUUUAGUUAGAAUUAAAAUGAAAGGAAGCUGUGCCAGAAAUGCUCAAUGAAACUGCAGUUUAGAAAACUCAGCUUUCAGACUUCUGCCAGAUCAAGCCCGCUGCAACCACAUGACACAUUUUCUAAACUCACUGAGAUAAGCUCCCAAAACAUUGACAGGAGCUUUGUUCCAGCAGGCUUCAUGCCUCAUUGCGUAGCAUCUGUUCUUCUGCAGCCAGCAUAAACACAUUUACACUGUACAGUAUGCCUUACUGAAUUCUAGCGCAGCGCCACAGAGUAUCUGUGCCUGGUUUAUCUGGUCCUGCUGCUGACUAAACCAACAGUGCACAGAUCCAGCCCUUAAUAUCGUGACACCAUGGCUGCAGGACGCUCACAUAGGCCUACUUUGGUUCUUCGGUAAUGCUGUUUAUUAAACUUGCAGACCUAAUUUAUCUUAAUAACACUUGUUGAAAUAAAUUUUAAUGACAACAGGGGUGGGUGGUUCUUUCCAGUUUUUCCCUCUGUGGCUUUUGCAAAAUGACUUUUUAAUGACUUCUAAGACAUCUAUCUAUAAUAAGUAUUAGUAGUUCAUACUUUCAGAAAACUCUUCCUCUACCUGAACAGGAAAUACUCAGCUUCCACAGGAUGUGCUGCUUUCCACAGGUGUAAAAGUGCAAGUGAAUACUCUGCUUUUGAAUCGUAGAAUGGUCUCUGCUUUGAAAGAGAAGAGCAACAGAUAGGAAUAAUAAGCAGUUAAACAUUGAAUAGUUUAUAAAGUGAAAAAAAUUUAAAUGCAUACAGUUUUUCUGUCCUGAGUUGUUUCUAAGGGUGUGGUUUUGGUCUGAAUUGUUAGUGAUAAAAUAUUGAGUAUGUGUAUUAAUUGGUUUGGACAGAUUUCCUUCCUUUCCACAAACAUACACUAACGGACUUUACCUGAUUUCACAGUUAUACAAAAACAAGUUUUAGAAUCACCUAUUACUUAUAUGGGUAAUAAAAUCUUUAACAUUUUCUGAGGGCUCUUAUGACACAGUAAUUCUGGUCCAGCUAAUGCAGUGACAUCUUUCAGUUAGUAGUGUUCUGACGAGUACUCUCCCUGAAAUCCAUACAGUAAGCUACUUCAAAAAUAUUAAAUCUGUUGACUAUUUAGGUACUGACCUGUGAGCCCUCAUAUAAUAAUAAACUUAUGCAAUGGUAUUAUGCUUUUCCAAAGAAUUCCAUUAACUAUGCUAUCCCUAUUUGUUCUUGUGCAGAAUUUGCCAUUACAGUUACAUGUGACAUGAGAAAAGAUGUCUGUUUUCUUAGUAAUGAAAACAUUGUAUAAAUACUAAAAAAAUAAAAUUAAAUCUCUUUGAAUAUAUACGUUUUUCUGAUUAAGCACUUAAAACUCUAAGAUAUUUUUUUUUUCCUCCCUUCAGUAACAGGAGAAAAUAAAAAUCUGAGAUUAAAAUAUAUUUCACUUUUAUUAAAUGGAACGUAAGCAAAAACAACUUUUUUUUUUUUUAA